AUGUCCAACGGUGGACAAAAGGUCUCAAGCGACGAGGGCUCAAACCCACUUAAGAGGAGAAAUACAGAAACCGGGGUCGAUUAUCCCCGCCGCAGGGCUACUAUUGCUUGUGAGGUUUGCCGUUCGAGAAAGUCGCGGUGCGAUGGAACAAAACCCAAGUGCAAGCUCUGUACGGAGCUUGGCGCUGAAUGCAUCUACCGAGAACCAGGAAUUAAGCUCGACGCUGGUGACAAGCUUAUUUUGGAGCGCCUCAAUCGCAUUGAAAGCCUUCUUCAGAUGAGCAUGGUAAACACAACAGCAAAUGGACUUGGCCUGACUGAAAACUCACCUGGAAUGAGUAACGGCACCGGGCUCGAUGGCGACAACCUGAUCUUGUCAGCCAAUGCGGCCACGUUCAGCUCUAUCCCUAAUGGCGGAUUUGGGACUUGGUCGGCGCAACCAGUGGGAACCAACAUCUCUACCAUGCCCAAAGUCCAUACCAAUGCCGCCAUGCAUCUACUGCAAUGGCCUCUCAUCCGAGAUUUAAUUUCGCGGCAAUGCGAUCCUCAGGUUCUGCUACAAUUGGAAAUGGCGCGAGAACCGCUUCACACUCUUACGAAAACACCAUGUGUGGACUUGUCAAAUACUCAAGCAUAUAUCGAGGCCUAUUUUGAGAGGGUCAACAUAUGGUACGCCUGCGUGAACCCAUAUACUUGGAGAAGCCAAUACCGGACCGCCUUGUCCAACGGAUUCCGAGAGGGGCCAGAGAGUUGUAUCGUGCUCCUUGUUCUUGCUCUAGGCCAAGCAAGUCUGCACGGUAGCAUAUCCAGGAUUCUCCCGCACGAAGAUCCCCCAGGUCUACAAUACUUUACAGCAGCUUGGUCAUUGCUUCCGGGAUUGAUGACUGCCAACAGUGUGGUGGCGGCGCAAUGUCAUCUCUUGGCUGCAGCGUACCACUUUUACCUCGUACGACCUAUGGAGGCAUGGAACCUACUUUGCACUACAAGCACCAAACUGCAACUCCUUCUCAUGGCUCCUAGUCGCAUUCCCAGUCACCAGCGAGAGCUCGUGGAGCGCAUUUACUGGAACGCCUUACUCUUCGAAAGCGAUCUUCUCGCAGAACUCGACUUGCCCCAUUCAGGUGUUGUCCAGUUCGAGGAGCACGUCGGCCUUCCAGGCGGAUUCGAAGGAGACGAGUCGGAGCAAGUCGGUCGAGAUGAGCUCUGGUACUUCUUGGCGGAGAUUGCCCUCCGUCGUUUACUGAACAGAGUCAGCCAUCUCAUUUACUCCAAGGACUCUAUUGCAAAUACACAGAGUCUAGACCCAGUUGUCGCGGAACUCGACUACCAAUUGAGUCAGUGGUACGAGAGUCUGCCAUUGCCACUGCAGUUUCCUUUUACCCGAAACGCCCUUCAGGACCCUGUCCAGACAGUACUUCGCCUCAGAUUCUUUGCUUGCCGCACCAUCAUUUACCGGCCGUACAUUCUAGCCGUGCUAGAUAACGAGCAGCAGGUUCUGGAUCCCGCCGUGCGGGAAAAUUGCCACAAAUGCUUGGAGGCUUCCCUUCGCCAGUUGGAACAUAUACACGAACACCAUGCUGGACAUAUGCCAUAUAUCUGGCAGGGAGCUUUGUCAAUGGUGUCUCAAACCCUGCUUAUUAUGGGUGCCACCAUGUCACCAUCACUUCUCAAUAUAUUGCUUACAUUGGUGCCAAGUCGUGAGGCGCUAGACCAGAUUAUCAACGAUGUGGUAAUGGAAGUCGAACGAUACGCGACUCUGGCCCCAAGCUUAAGCCUGGCCUCCGAAAUGCUCAAAGAGGCUGAGGUGAGAAGGCGCGCAUUUCUCGGCACUCCGUAGGAGCCGAAUGGAUUGAGUCGCCUCAUCGAGUGCUUACAAACGCAAUACAAAACAAGGCCUUGCCACGUGCCUGGCAAGCCUCUUUAUUCUCCUUCUCCGGCCGGCAAGACCACGGCGUUACUCAUCGCAGUUCCUCUACAAUCUUGUACGGCUCAACCAAUCCAGCGCUGCAAUACGACCCAGGGAUCUGGGUGACUGUCGCCCCGAGACUCCUUCUGGGGGAUAAUCCUGGGGUGCAGCGCUGCAAAUUAUUAUUCUAUUGGUUGGCAUUGAUCCUGGUACGGUUCUUCGGACCGUCUGACCGACAUUGCCAAACUUGGCUACAGAUAUCAUAGUACUGCUUCAGCAUCAUUAGUCCCAGAGUCUUGGAUUAAUGUAAUUUAGAUCAUACAAACAAGCUAGUAGUAAGAUCGAGCUGGAAAUUCCUUGGAGGAUUGGCCUACAGAUAUCCCACUUCGAUUUAUCCCCAAGAACAUGAUGAUAUAUCUUAUGAUAG